CGUCUGCUGUCUAGUCUCCUCCCCAGAAGAGCUUCCGGAGGGAAUUAAUCCAGGAACCCUAGAUCGCCGCUAAGGUUCUUCCAUCUCCGCUGUCCCGAAGCCUCUCGGUUAACGUAGGAUGAUCUUCUCCAAGCUCGCGCGCUCGAUCUCUCGGCCUUCGCGUCAAAAAACCGGACUUGGAGGAAUUUUUGGCGUUUCCGAGGCGAGGUUUGGAUGCUCGAGAGAAGCCCUUUUGCAAAAGCCGAUCUUGCACGGGGAUAACGGAGGGUUGAAGUCCCUGAGGGGCUACGUCACCUCAGCAAUAGUCGGUAGAAAUAUCGGAAAAGGGGAUCGAUUGGGAGAUUUUAGAUUCCUCUUGGCAGGCUCAACUUUUAGGCGAUUCUUUUCGAGUGAAUCACCCGAAGGGAAGAAAUACGAGAACUACUAUCCCAAGGACAAGAAGGAAAUUCCGAAAGGCGAUGAGAACAAACAAUCAGAAGGAAAAGAGGAGUCGAGCACAGAAGAUUUUGGAGGAUUUCAAGAGAACAUAACCAAGAAUUUGCAGAGUGUCCUUGGUCCAUUACUUUUACUGGGAUUGAUGUUUUUUUCAAAUUCUCUUGGUUCCUCUGACCAAAAGGAGAUUAGUUUUCAAGAGUUCAAGAACAAGCUUUUGGAACCUGGUUUAGUAGAUCACAUUACUGUAUCGAAUAAAUCAGUAGCAAAAGUUUAUGUCAGGAGUUCUGGAUAUGGUAACAAUCAAGCCAAAGACAAUGAAAUCCAGGAAACUGGAACACCUGUCCCUAUUCAUACUACUAGCCAAUACAAAUAUUACUUCAAUAUUGGAAGUGUUGAGUCAUUUGAGGAGAAGCUGGAAGAAGCUCAGGAAGCAUUGGGGAUAGAUCCUCAUAAUUAUGUUCCUGUUCGGUACAUUUCUGAAGUAAAUUGGUUCCAAGAAAUACUCAGAUUUGCCCCCACUGCAUUUCUUGUGGGGUUUGUCUACCUCAUGGGACGAAGAAUACAGAGUGGAUUUAGCAUAGGUGGUGGCGGUGCUGGUGGAAAGGGGGGUCGUGGCAUAUUUAACAUUGGAAAAGCUCAAGUGAUGCGAAUGGAUAAGAAUUCCAAGAACAAGGUAUUUUUCAAAGAUGUAGCCGGUUGUGAUGAAGCCAAACAAGAGAUUAUGGAAUUUGUUCACUUCCUAAAAAAUCCUACAAAGUAUGAGGAACUUGGAGCAAAGAUUCCCAAAGGUGCUCUUCUCGUAGGUCCUCCGGGCACAGGAAAAACUCUUUUAGCAAAAGCAGCAGCUGGUGAGUCUGGUGUCCCCUUCCUGUCGUUAUCAGGUUCAGAUUUCAUGGAAAUGUUUGUAGGAGUUGGACCUUCCAGGGUGAGGAACUUAUUUGUUGAAGCCAGACAAUGUGCUCCAAGCAUAAUUUUCAUUGAUGAAAUUGAUGCGAUUGGCCGAGCAAGAGGUCGUGGAGGAUUCUCAGGCUCCAAUGAUGAACGUGAAAGCACACUAAAUCAGUUGCUUGUUGAGAUGGAUGGAUUUGGGACAACAUCUGGUGUUGUUGUACUAGCUGGCACUAAUCGCCCAGAUAUUUUGGAUAAGGCUCUCUUGAGGCCUGGAAGGUUUGAUCGUCAAAUUUCUCUUGAUAAGCCUGACAUAAAAGGACGUGACCAGAUAUUUCGUAUCUAUCUGAAGAAGAUUAAGCUUGAUAAAGAGCCCGAGUAUUACUCUCAGAGACUAGCGGCACUUACACCUGGUUUUGCUGGAGCUGACAUUGCUAAUGUCUGUAAUGAGGCUGCACUAAUUGCUGCUAGAAAUGAGGGUACAGAAGUAACAAUGCAGCAUUUUGACGCAGCUAUUGACAGGAUUAUUGGUGGCUUGGAGAAGAAAAACAAGGUAAUUAGCAAACUGGAACGGCGAACUGUUGCUUAUCACGAAUCAGGACAUGCUGUUGCAGGAUGGUUCUUAGAGCACGCAGAACCUUUACUCAAAGUUACAAUAGUUCCUCGCGGAACCGCAGCGCUAGGCUUUGCUCAAUAUGUGCCGAGUGAAAACCUCUUGUUAACCAAGGAGCAGCUCUUCGACAUGACUUGCAUGACGUUAGGGGGACGGGCAUCCGAAGAGGUUCUCUUGGGCAAGAUCUCGACUGGAGCUCAGAAUGAUCUUGAAAAAGUCACCAAGAUGACUUACGCCCAAGUUGCGGUUUACGGCUUCAGUGACAAGGUCGGCCUCCUCUCCUUUCCCCAGAAGGAAGAUUCGUUCGAAAUGAACAAGCCUUACAGCAGCAAGACGGAAGCCAUCAUUGACGAAGAGGUCAGAGAGUGGGUAUCGAAAGCAUACACGAAGACACUGGAAUUGAUCAAGGAGCACAAGGAUCAGGUCGCCCAGAUCGCGGAGCUGCUGCUGGAGAAGGAGGUGCUGCACCAAGAGGACUUGAUCAGUGUACUCGGAGAACGCCCGUUCAAGUCUGACGAACCGACGAACUACGACAAGUUCGUACGAGGCUUUCAAGACGAGAACAGCACGAGCAUCGACACCCCCAAGGACGAAACAGUGUUGGAGGAUGAUGGGUCAGUGAAUGGGGAGGUCCUGCCGGCAUAACUGAGCUUGGUCGAUGAGAGAAUCGGAAGGUGUAUAUGGUCACAACUUGCUUGCCCAUGUAGAGGAAGGAAUUGUACAAAACUCAAAUAACAAACUGCAUCAGGCAAAACCACAAUGGAGUGGUGGAUUUAAUUAUUGUAAACUAAUCUUGAAAGCAGAUUAUUUUUGAUACAUUCAAUAAUGUUGCUCAAAUGAUAAACUAAAUGUAUUCUUUUUUUA